CCGCGGGCAGCGGGGCGCGGGCGGGGGCGGGUCAAACGCGGCGGCAGGUGAACGGGGAGGGACCUUAAAACUCGGGGCCGGACAGCCUGGGGCCGCCCGCUCCACAGGCGCCAGCGGGACCUGGAGGGGAGCAGCGCUGCUCCCCGGUCCCGCGUGUCCUGCCCGGGAGGGUCCGAGCGGCUGCCUCGUGUCCUGCCCAGCCGUGCCGGGUGAGUGUCCCCAGGGCUCUUCCUCGUGUCCUGCCCAGCCGUGCCAGGUGAGGGUCCCGAGGGCUCUUCCUCGUGUCCUGCCCAGCCGUGCCAGGUAAAAGGACACAGAAAAGAUGGACUGGGGAACUCUGCAGGAAGUUUUAGGAGGUGUAAAUAAGCACUCCACCAGUAUCGGGAAGAUAUGGCUCACAGUCCUCUUCAUCUUCCGUAUCAUGAUCCUGGUUGUGGCUGCAGAGAGAGUCUGGGGAGAUGAACAACAAGAUUUUGUCUGCAACACACUACAGCCUGGCUGCAGAAAUGUUUGUUAUGACCACUUUUUCCCCAUCUCUCACAUCAGACUCUGGGCCCUGCAGCUGAUCUUUGUCUCCACACCUGCGUUGCUGGUGGCCAUGCAUGUGGCUUACACCAGGCAUGAGAGGAAAAGGCGGUUCAGGAAUGGUGAGAAAAUUGAUAUUGAAGAGCUAAAAAAUGAAAAGAUUCACAUUCGGGGCCCCUUGUGGUGGACAUACACCAGCAGCAUCUUUUUCAGACUGAUCUUUGAAGCUGUCUUCAUGUAUGUGUUCUAUUACAUGUACGAUGGCUACCAGAUGCCCCGCCUGGUGAAGUGCGAUGCUUGGCCCUGCCCCAACACUGUGGAUUGUUUUGUGUCUCGGCCCACUGAGAAAACCACUUUUACUAUUUUCAUGCUUGCUGUAUCUGGGAUCUGCAUGGUGCUGAAUCUGGCUGAGUUAUGCUACCUAGUGAUAAAAAUUUGCAUGAGAGAUCCCAGGAAAACAACAGUUUUGAAAUAAGUCCCCAGUUUCAGGAUUUACUGGCUCCCCAUUUCCCUUAAACUUUCUUAGGUGUAAGAAAACAAUAAACAAUAUUUUCACACUCAAGGAAAAGGAUAAAAAAUGAACUUUUCUGUUUUAAAACUGAUAGCCUCCCUGGGAAGCUGAUACUGAGGCAGAUUUGAAAGAUCAUAAGGUUAUUCAGUAUUCCUGCAUCCAGAACUAGAGCAGCCUUCUGGCACCAGCUUCUCCAAGUUUGCUUAUGCUGGGAUUCUAUUGUUGGGACAGUUAACUCUUCAAAUAGUAGGAGUGGAAAGGACCAGAGAAAGCUCUAGUGCCCAGAGGAGAUCCAGGAAUCACAAACACACUGUAUUGGCUCAAAGGCAAAACAGGAUCAAAGGCUUUUGGUUAAAAGUGGGGUAAAGGACUUUUUGGGGCACGUCACAGUUUUUAAAAAGCAGGAAGACAGGGAGGUGAUUGUGUUUAUACUGUGUGUCCUCUCUAAGUUAUCUGGAGAGCAAGAAAAUGGUGUAGGAACAUAGAUACUCUGGCAGUGCAUGCUAUCAGCUUUGCUGGGCACCAGCAUGUUUUUUUUCUUCUCAUCUUCUUGCCCACACUGAGAAGCAUUUCCUUAAGGAUUGGAGUGGCCAGUCUCAAUUGCCUGUGAGUGCUAUUAGGGCAAUGCUGCCUCCCUAUAGUCACAGAGACUACAGCAGUGGGAGGAAUUAAGUUAAUUUUUCAUUCUCUUGAUCAGAUAAAAAAAGGAUUGUCAGCUCUGAGAGGGUAGAGGCAGUGCAACUGUCUUCCUCCUCUUGUUCUCCCCCAAUAUGUUGUGAAGAACCUCAGUACAGUGAUGAAGAGGUGUUUUACCACCUGACUGUGGUAUGCUUUUAAAACUUUUUUUUUUUUUUUCAAUAAAAAACAAUUAAAAAUGCUUUUUUAUUCUGCUGGUUAUCCAAAAAAAGUGCUUGAACUUAUAGCAUGCUAUCCAGUGCUUCUUCCAUUGCUCCUUUUUUUUCUAUCUAGCCUGCACAGCUUUUCUUCAUAAAACCUUCUCCCUGUCUGAGGUGCUUUUCAAAUGAGUUGAGCAAACUACUCCCAGUCUCUCUAACAUUCCACAUCACCAUUCCUUUUCUUAGAGUUGGUCUAGCAGGAAUUACAGACAGCUUGCAGAGCUAAAGUAGCAAAGGACCUAAUCACAAAUGAGGAGGAAGUUGAUAUUUUUCUUGAUGUUCACACUGCUGUGCUGUAAAUUGUAUAUUACUAAUUUGAAGCACUAUAUGAGUCAGUCUGGUCUUGUCUCAAAGUAGUCUCAAAAGGUGUUUUAUGCCUGUAAUGAGUAACAUCUGGCACUUAGGGCAAUGCAGUUUAUCUCCCAAGUGUGUGCCCAUUGAACCCACUUCUAGAAAGCUGGCUGUUUCUCCUCCUUAGCUUUAAUAACUUUUUUCCCCAAAAUGAAUGAGCACUGUCUCAGCUUCUAUUUGCAUUCAUCUUUUACUGUACAUUUAAAUUUAUUGUUGGAGUAAACAAAGCUGCAUGAAAUAAGACCCAUGACCCUUCAAUGUGCACUGGAAGUGGAGCAUAAACUGGCUUCUCUUGCUUGUGAGUUACAUCCUGUGCUACAACUUGACUACAGAUGGAAAUCUGUCAUCUAAGAGAGAAGCAAGAAAACCAUAAAAACACCGUCCUCAGAAUCAUGAAAAAAAAAUAAAGAAGGUCAUUCAUAAUGAGCUGGACUGGAAACUUGGACUGUGAAAACAUCCUUAAUUCAGCUCCAAAGAACACAGUUUUGGGACAUAUCAGGUUUGUGCUUGAUAGAGUUCCUGCAUUGUUCCAUGUACAAAGAAAGAAAACUAGUCCCAGUAUUCUAGUAUUACAUUUCUUUUGUAACAAUACUUUUUUUCUGAAAUUAUAAUUAAAGCAGUUUUGUGGUGUCUGUUUUCUGUAUUACUUGUA